AUGAAUCGUGGUGGCCGCGGCGGAGGAAAAGUUCUCCUCCCUCCUAUCAACUUCAUCUUCAAGCUCUUGCAAUCACGGGCCACCAUUUCGGUAUGGUUGUACGAGAACUUGGGGCUGCGCAUCGAGGGCAAGCUUAGGGGCUUCGACGAAUUCAUGAACCUUGUCAUCGACGACGCUGUGGAAGUCACGAUCGCGAAGAAGGACGGUACACCAGAGGAAAGGCGCAACGUUGGCCAGAUCCUGCUCAAGGGCGACAACAUCUCUCUCAUUCAGCAACUCCAAUGA